AUGUUCCGCGGACCCUCUCGCAACCUCGAAGCAGUCGAGACGGAUGCUUUGGCUGUUUAUUUGCCAGGAUCUGGUGUUCUCCUCAGUCUGAAAGCUGUGGUUCCCUUUCUGGUCCUCGAGGAGCGUGAAAGCGAGCAGGCGGAACGCACCGCGCUGUCCCGCAAAGAGCGCAUGUUGAGGGAGAGAGUGCAAAGCCUCAAACGUGACCUGACGACCGAGACAGCUGCUGCGCAGCCCAUGAGCGGCACAACCCACGCGACCAACCAGGAGGACAUUGAGGCGCGCGGGCCGCCGCUGCUGCCACUUAAACUGGACGAGCUUCUGACACUGUAUCCGAUAGUGAAAGUUCCUCCGGGUUCACUUUCAGCCGGAACAAACAGCUCCGGAACAGCAGCAAAAACGGUUGAAGCAUGGUUGAGGCGGGGAAAGGACCACGAAACACGGGCGCAAGACUGCCACAUGGCAGGGUCGCCGCCGCAAGCCUCUGCUGAAUCGGCUUCUCAGCUCAGCGGGGCCCACCUUGGAUUGGCGACAUCGGCUGACCACGAGAUAGGCGUUAACGCUGGUCUGAACAGGCGCGAGGACCCCAGUAAAAACGACUCACCUGGGGACGGAGGAAGCCAAGCGCAGGAGGAGACGUCGCUGCAAACCUGGAGCCAGACGGCACUCGAUUUGUGCCCGACAGAUGGAUUUCGAAGAGCGGUCGGGGGAGAGCCAAAGCGCAGUAAGGCGCACAUCGGAGACGCCUCUACCGCGGAGUCGCAAAGCGCCGACCAACCGCUUCCAUCCGACCAGAAAGGCGGCUUGCAGGCGACCAUGUGCUCUAAGCACUGGGGUUUGGCGUCGCCGGGCGCUGUCGAGCAAGUUAAGCAAGUCAGCGCGGGUGGGCAGAGUUACGCGAGAGCGCUCGCGCCCAAAAGCGACGCCGAGCGGCCGCGCGGGGCACACAAGCAGCGCGCGCUGAUGACGCAGCGCAGUAGAAUACGCAAGACGAAGACUGAUGAGAGCGCCCGGUUGAUAGGAACCUGGCUGGAGAACAGCGCCCCGGGCGGUGGGCCGCGGUUAAGGGGGGAACUGACGGGGGGUAGUGCGACUAGAGGUGUCGAUGAGGAGACUGGGGGCCAGAGUGCCCGGCAUGCGCUGAGGAACCGGGGGAAGAGACCGCGCAGAGAAGGGGCGCAGUCUGCGCUUGAAGGGACUGCCAGUAGCCCUAUAGCGGUGUCGUCCGACGAUGACGUUCCGGACAGGAAGCGGCAUGCAAAGGGCGAGUCAUCAGUCCCUCCGGUACCAACUUCGCGCGGAACCGGGAAAACAUUACCGGGCGACAAUUUGGGGAUUCCGUCGCCCAAAGAAGGGCUGCAGGACUCGGUGCUGGCCUGCAGCGUGGAGCCGUUCGGCGAGAGCGGGGGUUCCGCUGGGCGAGAUGGAGGGCGGAGCGGAACGGGCUGGAAGAUGGAGUCGGACGGAAGCGGCAUGGGCGGAAGGUUUUCGAAGGGCAAGUUACCCUUUGAUGCGGAUGCUCUGCUAGACGGCACCCUGGAUGGGAUUGUUUGA